AUGGCUUUUAAAUUCGUCGUUCUCACCACCCUAUUGGCUUGCGCCAACGCAGGCUUCCUCAGCCAACCAGCCAUUGCCACCUACUCUGCUGCCCCUGCCGUGAGCAGCUCCUACCUCCACCAGUCCGCCCCUGUUGCCGUUGCACAUGCCAGCCCUGUCUACUCCACCUACUCUGCUGCCCCUGUAUCCAUCCAUGCCCCCGCCUACGGAGCUUCCCACCAGAGCGUUGAACGAUCCCUUGGAGGAGCCCAGUCAGUCUCCCACUACUCCAAAGCAGUAGACAGCGCCUUCUCCAGCGUCAGGAAAUACGACACCCGUAUCACCAACGAUGCCCUGAGUGUAGCACCUGUUGCUACCUAUGCUGCACAUGCCCCAGUAGCCACAUAUGCUUCCGCUCCAGUGUUCACUAAAACGGUUGCUCCAUUGGCGUACUCUGCUGCACCAGCUGUCAGCAGCUCAUACAUCCAUCAAGCUAGCUCUCCAGUCUACGCCGCCCAAGCUCCAGUUGCAACUUACGCUUCCGCUCCAGUCAUCGCUAAAGCUGUUGCUCCGGUCGCUUAUGCCCAUGCUCCAGUUGCUACCUACGCCACUCAUGCUCCAGUUGCUACCUAUGCUGCCCAUGCACCAGUUGCUACUUACGCCGCACAUGCUCCAGUUGCUACCUAUGCCGCCCAUGCUGCCCCAGUCGCCUACUCUGCUGGACCAGUAGUAACCAAGUCUGCCAUCGCUUACUCUCCAGCCACCGUUGUAUCUCACGCAACCUUCACCGGUUUGGGAGCUUCUUACCAAUGGUAAAAAAC